CCCGUUUCCAAGAGAACAGAGAUAGCAAUUGCAUACUUUUGCUCUUUCAACUCUGUUUUCAUUUCAUUCAAAUCUCUCUCACAGUGAGGAUGAACCUCUUCUCUCUAACCUCGCCACUUCCCCUUUAUUGUUCAUCCAUUCCUAUAACUACGGUUCCUCUGUUUCCCUCUUAUUUUUCUCCCUGCAAAUGCACAUCAGGCGCAGUUUUAAGGAGAUGUGUCAACGAGGAGAAGGAAGAGGAGCUUCUAGAAGGGAUGCCAAAGGAGUACUAUGAUGAUGAAUGGCAAGCCCGACAACGUGAAAAGACCAAGGAGUUGCAUCGAAGGCGUAAACAAGAAGAAGAGGAAGAAGAAAGAAGGACUGAAGAGUAUCGUGAAAUUGGCAUGCGGCUGAAAGAAUACCCAGAAGAAGAUGUCAUAGAAGCAAGGAAAUUAGUUUCAAGCUUUAUCACGGCUGCUGAAGAAGUUGAAGAGAGAAUUGAGGAAGCUGCUGAGAAAGGAGAACUUACCGAACUUGUUUUAAUGGUCAUAUGGAAUCGCCUUGAUCUUGCUCGGCGUGAUGAAGAAAAGGAUGCUAUUAGAAGCCUGGAUCUGUUAUACAGAAGGGUUGAGACUGAAAUCUUGAAACAAGAGGCUACCCCUGCUAUGCGAUUGCUCAAUGAUCUUUUGAUUAUGUAUGAUGGCUUUGAUUUUGAAGAAUGGCUAAAGAAAUGUAAAAAGGUCAUGAUUGAUACAUUUCCACGGGAAGAUCCAUUUAGUAUUCUUGUUCCACCUGGUUUCGAGUCAUUUGACAUAGAUAAGCAUCAUGGACCAUUGCGACCAUCAGUAGAAGUCGAUGAUAGUCUUUUGAGGGUGGACUUUGUAAGGGAGGUGGAUGCAUUGCUGCAAGAGGUUCGUUCUGAACAGAGUGAAAUGCAGGAUGAACCAGGGUUUGAUCCUGAAUCCGUUGCAAAUAGAUUGAAACUACAGGAGAAGCAGCAAACAAUACGCCAAGUAGAAGCUCUGCUAGAUUUAGCCAUUGGUUUGAAAUGUUAAGGCUUUGGUAAGGAUUUGGCCUGGCUUGCAUUUUGAUUCAUGUUGGUUGAGUAAUCUGACAGUUUAUAUACGUGAAUAGGAAUUAGUAUGCACUGCAUUUGAAAUCCAAUUAGCUUCAUCUUGUGGUAUCUAUUUCCCUUCUAAAGGACGUAAAAUUACAGUACCAAGCAGAAAAAAAAAACCGGGCCAUAAUGUAGACAUUGCAAUUUUGGGUGAUCCUGUAUUUUUAGAGGUUCAAGUGUGUUAGAAAUUUAGGGGUUGUUUGGUUUAAGAAAAUAUUUCUUUUUCACUUUUAAUUAUAAAAUUACGUUUUUGGUUU